AUGUCGGGGAUGCAGCAGCUCAGGCUGCUGGUCAGCGAGCGGCUGGCGGCGGCUGCGGAGGAGAUCUUCGGGCUGGUUGAGAGGACAAUAGCGGACUACCAGGAGGAGGUGGUCCGCUCCAAGAGAGAAAUCAUCCAGCUGAGACAGCAGAUCGAGCAGCUGACCGUCUUACAGCCUCGAGUAUCUUUGUUCAAAGAAGAUGUCGAGUCAGUGUCGGAGAGUCAGCCUCCAGUUGAGGAACAAAAGGAAAAUGGGGACCAUCAGCAUGUUAAAGAGGAGCAGCUGGAUGUCUGCAUUAUCCCAGACCUGGACACUGAUUCCUCAGAGGAUGUAAAAGUUUUUCCUUAUGAACCAGAGACAACCUCUCAGAAUGACCCCCGGCUGUUACCAAGUGUCAGCUCCAUAACCGUGACUCUUAACAAUGGUGAUGAGGCAGAAUGGAUUGGAAAUUUUGGCACAAGCUCUUUGCAUUGUGGUCCGAGUCGCAGCCAUGUUUCUCUUAUGCAGCAGGAACACGCCCUGGACAGCAAGUCCUGUCGUCUUUGUGGUUUGGCCUUCAUCAGGGACUGUGACCUGAUCAGGCAUGUGGAUGAGUCCCACACGGGGCAAAAGGCUUUCAAAUGUUUCGAAUGUAACAAGGAGUUUGCCCGGAAAGAUAGCCUGACUUUGCAUUUGAGGGUUCACACAGGUGAAAAGCCACACAGGUGCCCCUUCUGCGGGAAGUUCUUCACCCAAACUUCAAACCUCAGGGUGCACAUGAGGAAACACACGGGCGAAAAGCCGUACUUCUGCAGCUCAUGUGGCAAAAUGGUGGCACACUCAUAUCACCUAAAAACAUGCUCCAGACGGUCCUCAGUGACGAUGGACAUCAGUGGGGAGAGGUCUUCAAACUGAAUGCUGGAGGGGAAAUACACUUACACCACUAUGAACCUCAGUGGCUCAGAAAAACCAUGUAAUCACUUUGUGUUAUGGAAGCUUUCUCCUAAUCAGACACAUAUGGCAAACAUAAAAAUUAUUUAUUACUGCUAUUUAUUAUUUUUGUAUAUUCUUAUUAUUCUAGAAGCUUUUUUGAAUAAUCGGAACUUUUUUUAAUCCACAAAACAUCAGUGUUUAACUGCUGUAUGUUUACAACUUUAAGCUUGAUGUGAUUAGUUCUACCUCUGCUUGUUGUGAUGUAUCUCUCAAUAAAAGCCUGUAUUCUGUUUA